CAUUGAUUUCUUGAUUUAAACAAUACAGAAAGGAAAAUAAUAGAAAUUUUGAGCAUAUACGAAACACUUUGUGAGUAAAUAUGUGGUUGUAGAACACUGAAAAGUUGCUUGAACGAAAAGUAUAACAUUCACCUAUAAAUCGUAGAAUAAAUGUAAUAAAGAAUAAUGAUUAUCAUGGCUGAUGUUGACGAUUUAUUUGAUUGUUUCAAUGAUGACAACACUGAUAACGUAGCCGCUAACCCAGUUGUGGUUAUCGACCAAGUGAAGCCUGCAGGCUCUCUCACUGAAAGAAAUAAUGAAAGUGGUGAAAAACGCGGAUUUGAAACAAUUAAAGAAGUGCAGGAAAAUGACGAGGUCCCUAUAAAGCGAUUAAAAGAUACUGAAUCUAUAUUGGAUGAUAUAUGUGUAGAUGCAUUACGCUCACGCAUAGCUGUACACGUUAUUGAAAGUCCGGAGUCAUGUACACACGAAGUAGCAGUAUAUCCGGGACAGGAGUAUAUUCCUCUGCAGCCACUUGCCGGUCCACCUGCAAAAGAAUACCCGUUUGUCUUGGAUCCUUUUCAAAAGGAAGCAAUCCUAUGCAUUGAUAAUCAACAAAGUGUUCUAGUUUCAGCACAUACAUCAGCUGGUAAGACAGUAGUAGCUGAAUAUGCUAUUGCCAAAUCAUUAGGUUGCAAACAGCGUGUAAUCUAUACUACCCCUAUCAAAGCGCUUUCUAACCAAAAAUAUCGCGAAUUCAAUGAAGAGUUUAAAGAUGUGGGUUUAGUUACUGGCGAUGUUACAAUAAAUCCGUCAGCUUCUUGCCUUAUUAUGACUACUGAAAUUUUAAGAAAUAUGUUGUACCGAGGAAGUGAAAUAAUGCGAGAAGUUGGUUGGGUCAUAUUUGACGAAAUCCAUUAUAUGCGUGACAAAGAAAGAGGUGUUGUAUGGGAAGAAACAUUAAUUUUAUUGCCUGACAAUGUUCGCUACGUAUUUCUCUCUGCUACUAUACCAAAUGCGCGACAAUUCGCCGAAUGGGUUUGCCAUCUUCACAAGCAGCCAUGUCACGUCGUUUACACAGAUUACCGGCCAACCCCACUUCAACAUUAUAUAUUUCCUGCUGGAGGCGAUGGCAUUCAUCUCAUAGUUGACGAAAAAGGUCAAUUUAAAGAAGAUAAUUUUACAACGGCAAUGGCUGUUUUGCAAAAUGCAGGCGAUGCUGCUAAAGGUGAUCAAAGAGGUCGAAAAACUGGCAUUAGAGGUGUUGACAGUGGCCAGUCAAAUAUUUUUAAAAUUGUGAAAAUGAUAAUGGAGCGCAAUUUUGCGCCUGUUAUUAUUUUUUCAUUCAGUAAAAAAGAUUGUGAGGUUUAUGCAAUGCAAAUGGCAAAGUUAGAUUUUAACACUGCUGAAGAAAAAAAAUUAGUAGACGAAGUUUUCAAUAAUGCCAUGGAUGUUCUCUCUGAAGAAGAUCGCCAGCUGCCACAAGUUGAAAACGUAUUGCCUCUACUGAAACGAGGGAUUGGUAUACAUCACGGUGGACUUUUGCCAAUCCUAAAAGAAAUUAUAGAAAUUUUAUUUGGUGAAGGAUUACUCAAAGCACUAUUUGCAACCGAGACAUUUGCAAUGGGUUUGAAUAUGCCUGCUCGUACGGUACUAUUUACAGCACCGCGCAAAUUUGAUGGAAAGAAAUUCAGGUGGAUUUCAUCUGGAGAAUACAUACAAAUGGCAGGUCGAGCUGGUCGGCGUGGUCUUGAUGAUAAAGGUAUUGUUAUUUUAAUGAUUGAUGAAAAAGUAUCUCCUUCAAUUGGGCGUGGAAUAGUACAAGGAAAAGCUGAUCCCAUAAAUUCAGCAUUUCAUCUAACUUACAACAUGGUGCUAAAUUUGUUGCGCGUUGAGGAAAUCAAUCCGGAAUACAUGUUAGAACGGUCAUUCUUUCAGUUUCAGAAUCAAUCGUCAAUACCAGAACUUUACAAACAAGUUCAAGAUAAACAAACCGAAUUGGCCAAGAUUAAGAUCACCGAAGAGCAUAGCGUUGCUUCUUAUCAUCAUAUACGAGAACAACUAGAUUCAUAUGGAAAACAAUUUAGGCGUUGGAUUACAAAACCUGAAUAUCUAGUUCCUUUUCUGCAACCCGGUCGUCUCAUAAAAGUGCAAAAUGAAAAGGACGAAUUUGAUUGGGGUAUUGUAGUGAAUUUUAAAAAGCAAACAAACAAUGCGAAAAAUCCCUUAAAAGCGGAAACAGUUAUAGUAGUAGAUGUUUUACUGCAUGUUACAGAGGAUUCCGCAAAGGCCGAUGAGCCAAAACCAUGCAAACAAGGGCAAAAAGGUAACAUGGAAGUUGUUCCUGUACUGCAUUCUCUUAUUUCUCAAAUUUCUUCACUUCGUGUUUACUAUCCAAAUGAUUUACGGCCAGCCGAUAAUCGUCGAAGUGUUUUAAAAACAAUUGCAGAAGUGAAAAAACGAUUUCCAAAAGGACCACCUCUACUUAAUCCGGUAACAGAAAUGAAUAUAAAGAGUGAUGAGUUCAAACAGAUAGUGGAUUCUAUUGGUAAAUUUGAAGAACGCCUAUUUGCACAUCCACUACACAAUUCUACAGAAUUAGAAAACAUUUACGCUCGAUACACUAACAAAUUAAAAGUCCAAGAGGAGCUAAAAGCAGUGAAGACGAAAUUGAAGGAGGCGCGUAGUUUGCUCCAAAUGGAUGAAUUAAAACAUCGGAAACGUGUAUUGCGCCGUAUGGAGUAUUGUACAGCUGCCGAUGUAAUCGAGUUUAAGGGACGCGUUGCUUGUGAAUUAAGUUCUGCGGAUGAACUUCUUCUAACCGAAAUGAUUUUUAAUGGUAUAUUUAAUGAAAUUACUACUGCGCAAUCAGUAGCAUUACUGUCUUGUUUCGUUUGCGAUGAAAAGUCUUCAGAAACACCAAAGGCUACUGAAGAACUGUCGGGUCCCCUGCGAUCCAUGCAAGAUUUGGCUCGUCGUAUUGCUAAAAUUUCAACGGAGUGUAAGCUAAAUGUGGACGAAGAAACGUACGUGGAGAAAUUCAAACCUUUCCUUAUGGACGUCGUUUUGUCAUGGUGUAAGGGGGCUUCCUUUUUAAGUGUGUGCAGGAUGACAGAUAUUUUUGAAGGUUCAAUAAUUCGCUGCAUGCGUCGUCUUGAAGAACUUUUAAGGCAAUUAUGCCAGGCAGCAAAAACAAUCGGUAAUACAGAAUUGGAAAACAAAUUUUCUGAAGGAGUGCGACUUCUUAAAAGAGAUAUUGUUUUUGCGGCUUCUUUAUAUUUAUAAAUAUUAAUGCCUUAGUUAAGAUUUUAUAAAACAAGAAAUAGUAAAUGAAAUAACGUAGAUACAUACAUACAUGGUACAUAUAUUAUGUACGUUAGUAGAAUUCAUUUUUAACUGCGUAUCUAUGUACAACUAUGUAAAUAAAAAAUUUGUUUAUUAAGUCGAGAUAGGAAAUAUCGUCAAC